CUCAAGCAAACAAAGAACAAGCGCCUAAUCCACACUCAAAUCAAGCACCAAACAGCCUCCAGAUCCCCAGACAGAGCUCUCCCCCGUAGCCCGAGAACCGAAGCCCCCUGCAGCGAGAUGGCUCCCGAGCUCGCCGGCAAGAUGACCGCCAAAGCCGCCGCGGCGUUGAAGCCCGCGACCAGGGCGUACGUGACGUUCCUGGCAGGCGACGGCGACUACUGGAAGGGCGUGGUGGGUCUGGCCAAGGGCCUGCGCAAGGUCGGGUCGGCGUACCCGCUGGUGGUGGCCGUGCUGCCCGACGUGCCGGAGUCCCACCGCCGCAUCCUCGUCUCGCAGGGCUGCAUCGUCCGCGAGAUCGAGCCCGUGUACCCGCCCGAGAACCAGACGCAGUUCGCCAUGGCCUACUACGUCAUCAACUACUCCAAGCUCCGCAUCUGGGAGUUCGUGGAGUACGAGCGGAUGGUGUACCUGGACGCGGACAUCCAGGUGUUCGAGAACAUCGACGAGCUGUUCGAGCUCGAGAAGGGCCACUUCUACGCGGUGAUGGACUGCUUCUGCGAGAAGACGUGGAGCCACACCCCGCAGUACAAGAUCGGCUACUGCCAGCAGUGCCCCGACAAGGUCGCGUGGCCGGCCGCCGAGCUCGGCCCCCCGCCGUCUCUCUACUUCAACGCCGGCAUGUUCGUGCACGAGCCCAGCAUGGCCACCGCCAAGGCCCUGCUCGACACGCUCCGCGUGACCCCACCGACCCCCUUCGCGGAGCAGGACUUCCUGAACAUGUUCUUCCGGGAGCAGUACAAGCCGAUUCCGCUCGUGUACAACCUGGUGCUGGCCAUGCUGUGGAGGCACCCCGAGAACGUGCAGCUGGAGAAGGUGAAGGUGGUGCACUACUGCGCGGCGGGGUCGAAGCCGUGGAGGUACACGGGCAAGGAGGCCAACAUGGACCGGGAGGACAUCAAGAUGCUUGUCAAGAAGUGGUGGGACAUCUACAACGACGAGACCCUGGACUUCAAGGCCCUGCCCGCCACCGACGCCGACGAGGUGGAGGCGGUGGCCAAGAAGCCGAUCCGCGCGGCGCUGGCGGAGGCCGGCACGGUCAAGUACGUCACCGCGCCCUCGGCCGCUUGAUCCCCGCGCUGCGGCCGGCGUGGUCAUCAGAACAUAAGAAAGAUCUUACUACGAGGCCUUUUUUAUUUUUUUUUCCACUUCGCGUUUUGUUUCCUGAUGAAUUAUUAGGGUGUCUGAUCUCCGAUCAGUUCCGUUCACUGUGGGUGUGUGAGAUUACUAUACCAUUCCAAGUGUAAGGGUUUGGUCAGGAUUGGGCUUUGUGAAUACGCCCCCUCCGGUCACAGCUAGAGUAUUUGUCCUGUGCCGAGGAGGGAUUAUGUGUAUCUCGGUUGGUAAAUUAUGAUAUGUAAUAGGAAGCCGUGAAAUUAUGGCCCUCUUUUAUUUCUA